AUGACACACGCCGGCCUCCGAGUGGUGAUUGUCGGCGCAGGCUUCUGCGGCUUGACAGCCGCGAUCGAGUGCAAGCUGAAGGGCAUGCAUCCGAUUCUGGUCGAGACCUAUCCGACAAGUCGCACGCAGGGUGAUGCGCUGGACUUCCUCCCCAACGGCGGCCGCAUCUUCAACUCGUGGGACAACGGCCGCGUCGGCAAACGGCUGUUGUCGAUUUGUGUCAACACGUGCAAAUAUCUCGAUUUCCUGAACCCCCAAGAGCAACUGCUCUGCAGAGAGCCCUGGAACAAGUAUCCUCAUCACUACGAGGCGCAAUUUGCCGGGCAUCGGGGUGAAUUGCACGAGGUGAUCAGCGACUACGCCAGAGAAAUCGGCGUCGAGUUCCAGUUCGGAAAGACCGUGGUCCAGUAUCUGGACACCGAGACGGAGCUGGGGGUUUUGACCAAGGACGGCGAGAAGAUCCUGGGCGACGUCGUUCUCGCCUGCGACGGACCGCGCUCCUUGGCCAGAAGCCAGGUGUUGGGUCUGCCGGAUAACAAAGUCAACUCCGGCUAUGCCAUCUAUCGCGCGUACUACGAAUUGAGCGAGGAGCAGCAGAAAAAUCCGCUGAUUGCCAAAUACAUCGAUGUCAAUGAAGACAAGGCGUUGAUGCACGUCGGAAGGGACAUGCACAGCUUCGUAUAUACCUGGAGACGCGGGACCCAUCUGGUUUGGGUCUUGACGCACAAGGAUGAAAACGACAUUGGCGAGUCCUGGUCAUUCCCCGGAAACAAAGCGGACGUCAUGCAUUACCUCGAGCAAGGCAAUUUCAGCGAGAGUUUCAAAGAAAUGGUUCGCAACACACCCGACGAUCGCUUGGUCGACUAUAAACUCGUCUGGCGAGACGCAUUGCAGACGUGGCUUUCACCAUCGAAAAGGAUCAUCCUCAUGGGCGACGCGGCGCACUGUCAUCUGCCAACUUCCGCUCAAGGAGCUUGUCAGGCUGUCGAGGAUGCAGUUACUUUUGCGGUCUGCCUUGAAAAGGCGGCGGGUGACGUGCCAUUGGCACUGCAAGUGGCAGAACGAGUCCGAUUUAACCGGUCUCAUACGAUUCAUCAGUCGUCACUUUCGAAUAGAGACUCUUAUCACAACUGGACUUGGACCCCUGAGCUGGCUGCAAGACACCCUGGAGCGCUGACGGUCCCUCGGCCAGAUUGGAUAGUGGAAUUUGAUGCAAGAAAGACAGCCGAAGAGAAUUUUGAUCAGCUGGCUUCGGACGUGAAGUCGGGCAAGCAAGGGACCAUCGAAGAGUUGGCACUGCCGGCUGGCGGCUCCUUCGACAUCUUCCAGGGGGACGUCGAUUCUGAGAGUGCGGAGAAAGCUGCCCCUGAGCAGACCGCAAGACUAUGA